AUGCAAACGCUUGUUCAGUCCGAACGAGUGCAGACAGCUGCCUUGCUGAAGCCGUUGCCUCGAGUCUGGCAUCUAUAUGUUUGGCCCUUCUUUAGUAUGCUCUACCCUGCGUUUAUUUAUGUUUAUUUCUUUCACUAUGACACAUAUCUCGGUUCUGAGGAGUGGACUUUUGUUGCAAUUGGUGGUAUUGUAUCUUUACACGCUUUAACAUUUUUGGCUUGUCAGUGGAGUGUCAAUUUGAAAGCUCUUUUCACUUGUUUGAAGGAACCCAAUGUAUACAAAGCUAGUAUCAUCAAAAUUAUACCAUAUCGUUAUCAAGGCAAAGGAACUCUUGUUAAACUCGAGCAUACAAAGGAGGAGGAUGAGAUCUCAUUUUCAUUCCAACAAAAAAAAUUUAUCUGGAACGCGGAUAAAAAGCAGUUUGAACAAUUACUUUAUCCUUCAGAUUUAGGGUUGAAUGUUGGCUUUUACCAGGACAUUAAGGGCUUGACGACACAAGAAGAGGUUGAAUCGCUUAGACAUACCUACGGACCCAAUAAGUUCGAGAUUCCUUUACCUACGUUCAUCGAGCUUUUCAAGGAACAUGCUGUUGCACCAUUCUUUGUUUUUCAAAUCUUCUGUGUAGGUCUUUGGUGUUUGGAUGAAUAUUGGUAUUAUUCACUUUUCACAUUGUUCAUGCUCGUGGUUUUCGAAUGUACAGUUGUAUAUCAACGUCUUCGUACCAUUAAUGAAUUCCGUGGUAUGAAUCAAAAGCCUUACCCUGUAUAUGUCAAGCGUGAAAAGAAAUGGGUGCAGAUUCAAAGUGAUGAAUUGUUACCUGGUGAUGUCGUUUCCAUUGUCCGUACUAAGGAAGAUCAAGGCGUACCUUGUGAUUUGGUCAUAGCCGAUGGUUCUUGUAUUGUUAAUGAAGCUAUGCUUUCCGGUGAAUCGACACCCUUGUUGAAGGAAUCCGUCGCCCUUAGAGAUGCUAAUGAUGAUUUUGACAUGAACGGCACAGAUAGGAUCAAUGUUCUUUUUGGCGGUACUAAAGUACUCCAAGUGACCGCACCAAAGAAUGAAGUACCUCCAGAUGAAGGUUGUGUUUGUGUCGUUGCCCGUACAGGCUUCGGUACAUCUCAAGGCGAGCUCGUCCGUACCAUGAUAUUCUCCACCGAACGUGUGUCUGCCAACAAUUUUGAAGCUUUACUGUUCAUUCUCUUUUUACUCGUCUUUGCAAUUGCUGCUUCUGCUUACGUUUGGGAGGAAGGUGUUAAAAAUGAUCGUAAAAAAUCCAAGCUUUUAUUGGAUUGUAUUUUGAUCAUUACUUCUGUCGUCCCUCCUGAAUUGCCCAUGGAAUUGAGCUUAGCUGUUAACAGUAGCUUGGUUGCUCUAUCCAAAUUUGCUAUUUUUUGUACAGAACCCUUCCGUAUCCCCUACGCUGGCCGUGUUGACGUUUGCUGUUUCGAUAAGACUGGUACCUUGACUAGUGAGGAUUUGGUUUUUGAAGGAGUAGCUCACGCAAAUGACAAGAAGUCUCCAACAGAACUGUGUAAGGCUGAUGAAGUCGCUGACAGUACUCGCUGGGUUUUGGCUAGUGCACACGCUUUGGUACAAUUGGAGGACGGUAUUGUUGGGGAUCCUAUGGAAAAAGAAACCUUGAAGGCCCUCGAUUGGGAACUUGGUGCUAAUGAUACACUUUAUCCCAAGGGUCAAAAGAAGACACAAAGUUUGCAAAUUCGUCGUCGUUAUCAAUUUUCUUCUGCUCUUAAACGUCAAUCAUCUGUUUCUACGUUAAUCCAUCCUAAAUUUGCCGGAAGCAAAUCCUUCGUUGCUGUAAAAGGUGCUCCUGAAGUUCUCAAACUCAUGUAUAAGGAAGUUCCGGACAAUUACGUGGAUACAUACAGACAUUUCACUAGGAAGGGUAGCAGAGUUUUGGCUUUGGGGUAUAAAAUUUUGGAUCAGCAUUUGAAUGCUAGCCAGAUCAAUGAUCUUCCUCGGGAAUCGGUGGAAUGUGAUCUUACUUUUGCUGGUUUUAUUGUUUUCAGUUGUCCUCUCAAAGAAGACGCUGUUGCUGCUUUGAAGGAAUUGAACGAGUCUUCUCAUCGUUGUGUUAUGAUUACAGGCGAUAAUCCUUUAACAGCUUGUGCCGUCGCUCGUGAAGUUGCCAUUGUUGAACGUGACGUAUUAAUUGUUGACCGUGAAGAGACCCGUAAGGAUGAUAAGGUUAUCUUCCACAGCAUCGACGAAUCUUAUCGUGUUGAAGUUGAUCCUGUCGAGCCUUUGGAUAAAGCUCUUUUAGACAAGUACGAUCUCUGCUUAACUGGUUCUGCAAUGACUCAAUUCACUCCUCACAAGGAAAAUAUGAAUCAAAUUUUGGAACAUACUUGGGUAUAUGCUCGUGUUUCACCCUCACAGAAGGAAUACUUAUUGACCGGCCUCAAAGAUCUCGGUUAUACUACUUUGAUGGCCGGUGAUGGUACCAAUGAUGUCGGCGCUCUUAAGCAAGCUCAUGUUGGCGUAGCUCUUUUGGAUGGUACACCCGAAGAUCUUCAAAAGAUAGCUGAACGUCAGCGCAUUGAGCGUAUGAAGGCUAUGUAUGAACAACAGAAGAGCAUUUCCGCUCGCUUUAACCAACCGGCCCCUCCACCUCCCCCUGCUAUUGCCCACCUGUAUCCUGAAUUUGCUGCUCAAGUUGCUCGUCAACAACAAGCUCAAAACAUGACACCUGCCCAGAGACGUCAAUUAGAACAAAAGAGAAAGAUCGAAGAGGCAACACAAAAGAUGAUGGAAGGUAUGGAUAUGGAAGAACCCCCUACAAUUAAGUUUGGUGAUGCUUCAGUUGCUGCCCCCUUCACUUCCAAGCUCCGUAACGUCACUUCAAUCAACAAUAUUAUUCGCCAGGGUCGUUGUACACUAGUUGCCACUAUUCAAAUGUACAAAAUCCUAGCCCUAAAUUGUCUGAUUUCUGCUUACAGUUUAUCUGUCUUAUACCUUGAUGGUAUCAAGUUUGGUGAUCUUCAAGUGACCAUUACUGGUGUAUUGAUGUCUGUUUGCUUCCUUUGUAUUUCCAAGGGUAGACCUCUCCAAAAACUGUCCAAAGAACGCCCGCAACCCAAUAUCUUUAAUCCUUAUAUUAUUUUGUCCGUUCUUGGGCAAUUUGCUAUUCAUAUUGCUAGUUUGGUGUAUAUCAAUGGUCUUGCCAAAAAACUCGAACCCCCCAAGGAAGUUGAUUUAGAAGGAGAAUUCGAACCUAGUCUUCUGAACAGUGCCGUUUAUCUAAUUCAAUUGUCGAUGCAAGUGUCUACCUUCGCCAUUAACUAUCAAGGCUAUCCUUUCCGUGAACGUAUUCAGGAUAAUAAAGCACUAUACUAUGGUUUGAUGUCGGUUGGCGGAAUUGCUUUAGCAGGUGCAACUGAAAUGUGGCCCGAUGUCAAUGACUAUUUGAAGCUUGUACCAUUCCCUGGAACUUUCCGCUAUAAAUUGACGCUUUGCAUGAUUCUUGAUUUUGGCAUUGCAUGGGCCAUAGAAAAGGUUACCAAGUACUUAUUUGCCGAUAACCGUGCAAAACCCAUUGCUAGAAGAGGCAAAAAUUAG